GAUAACAAAGACUAUCAUCCUUAAGAAUAUGCCUUUUACUAAAAUCAUAUUUAAGAGUCGGAUCCUAAUCUAAAAUCCUAACACAUAACUCCAUAGAAAUUAAUUCUUUUGUGGAAAAAUAUCAAUUUGUGUACCUUUAAAUUUUGAAAUUUUAUCAUUUAAAAUCCCGAGAUAAUAAUUGAAUCAAUUAUAAACUCAAACUUUCAUAAUUACACCAUCUAUCAUGUUCAUUUCGAUAAAUACCAUAUGAGACUUGUAAUUUUAUCAAUUAAAAUCCUAAACUUUCAUUAGUGGAUUAAUUUGGAAUCUCGAUUAGAAUCUCCUUAGAAAAUCAUUCGUACAUUUUAUCGUCUAUUUUAUUAAUUCGACAUAUGAAGAACUUUACACGUGUAAGAAUUGAUCCAUUGUCAAUUUUCAAUGAUAAUUUUAAUAACGAAUCUAAAUUGAUUCACAUAUAGGAGUUUAAUUGAAACAAUUAUAAAUUUCACAUAAUAAUCUUCGAAAUCUGAAAGAGAAGGUAAGUUAAUACACUUACAAAAAAAAUUAAUGAUUAAAUUGACACAAAAUUAUUCAUUUAGGGUUAUAAAUAAUACAACCUCUAAAAUUUAGAGAUAUAAUUUGAUAUUUUCCCUAAACUUUUAAUUAUUUUAGUGUCUUAAUUAACACGUGUACUAGAAUCUUCAUAUAGCAACUUGCCUCCCCUUAAUCUAUUCCCUUCAAAUUAGCAAAGAAUGUGGGAAUGAAAAUAAAAGUAAAAAAAAUAAAAACGCUAAUAGCCGAAUCUUUUCUUUUGGGCAAUAAUCUUUUACAAUAUGAGGAUGGUACUACAAUUGUUCCAUGUCCAUUAAAGUCUCCCAAGCAUCAAAUAGCCACAUGCCCUUAAUUUUUAUUAUUUAGAUUAAACUCCUAAUAAUUUUUAAUCAAAGUACAAUACAUUUAUUAGUCGACUUAUAAUCAUAUUAAUCCGUACUCAAAGUUCAAUCCAUAAAAAUUUACUCUUGUCCUAAGAUCUUAUAGCAGUAAUCUUAACAUGUAAUAUGGUAUAUCUUUUAUUAGUACAACUAUGAAGUGAGGGAACAAGCUAAACUCAUUUUGACGUAAAACAUAUUCAUCUUCUUUGCAAAAUUGUAACAUCUCUAACAUGAUUAUCUUGAAAAGUUCUCCAUUCCUUCGCCAUAAAACCUGCCCUCCGUUUUCUUUGAAUAAAUAUUUUUUGGGUCAAUUCCCUUGAUCCCAAUAAAGCCCAUUUUUUUAUUUUCCAAAGACCAAAGAAAAACAAGGACUAAUUUGUAAUAUAAUGAUAAAUAAAUAUUUAUAAAGACAUCUCCUUCACACUUCAAUACCAAAAUUUCCUUUCAUAUCUUCUACAACAACCUGCCAACAACCUGCCUUAAAAAGAACAAAGUGUAUAUAGCACAAUUGAUCUAAAAAGCGAGUAAAGUUCAAUUGACUUAAUAAAUAUAGUUUGACAAAGUAUUAGAAGAUUCCAUUCUACUAAAGAAAACAACCUGCCUUAAAAGAGGGAAAACAACGAAAGUUGCAAGAAGGAAGAAGAAAGAACACAAACCUUAUAGCUUCCUCCAUUUCUGAACUCUUUUCUCUAGUAAUGGCGGCCGAGAUUCAUAGCCUCCUUCAAACUCUAUUCUUAGUUUCUUCAUCUCUCUGUUUCUGUUUCACCAUCAGAAACUCAAUCCCAAAUGGCUUCCUCAAAUUCCUCUUAAUCCUCCCCUUCUUCUUCCUCUUCCUCUACAUUCCUCUCCAAUUCCAAACCAUCCAUUUUCAAGGCCCCAUUGGCUUCUUCAUCGGUUGGCUUGGCAGUUUCAAGCUCCUCCUCUUUGCCUUCGGCAAAGGCCCUCUAUCCUCCGCCGCCACCUCCUCCUCCCUCCCCCGCUUCCUCGCCGUCGGCUCCCUCCCAAUCGAAAUCCCCGACCACCAAUCACCGCCAAACCACUCCAAUCCCAAACUCGUUCUCCCUUUCAGCUACAGCGCGAAAUUAGCGUUCCUAAUCCUCACAAUGGUCGCCAUCAAUUUCAAAAAUCACUUCCAUCCAAACGCAGCUCUACUUUUUUACUGCCUCCUAAUUUACUUCUUCCUCGAAUUUCUCAUCGGCAGUACCGCUGCCGUAGCCAAGGCAGUGCUCGGAGUCGAGUUAUUGCCCUAUUUCAACGAGCCCUAUCUCUCUGAUUCGUUACAGGAUUUUUGGGGGCGGCGAUGGAAUCUAAUGACAUCUAGAAUCCUCCGCCUCACCGUUUACGAUCCCUGCCGGAAGCUAACCAUCGGCGUCAUCGGAAGGAAACCGGCGACGAUGUUGGCGGUGAUGGCGACAUUUGUAGUCUCCGGUCUUAUGCACGAACUGAUCUACUUCUACAUAGGAAGAUUGGCGCCGACUUGGGAGGUGACUUGCUUCUUUCUGGUACAUGGAGUUUGUCUGGUGACGGAGAUGGCGGUAAAGUUAGCUGCCGGUGGGAGGUUCCGGCCGCCGCAAGUUGUAUCGAUACCUUUAACGAUCGGGUUUGUGAUGGGAACGGGUUGUUGGCUUUUUUUCCCACAGUGUUUGAGGGCUAAAAUGGACGUUAGAAUGUUUGAAGAGUACGCGGCAAUAGGCGCGUUUGUUAAGAGUAUUACGGUCGAUUUGAUUACACCGUUCAAGUUCCUUUCACUGCAAUACAAAUAAAAUUAGCUCAAAUUAUAAGUUUAGUCCAAUAAUGAUCAACGUGGGUGAUCAAAUCAUCUAUAUUUUCUAAUUACCUUUCAAUAUUUUUAAAAUUCUAUAAGUUUGAUAUCGACAUGAAUGAUUAAUUGGUAUUUUAACUAUAUCAUUAAAAAAAAAUAUGAAACCUAAAAAAAAAGAUAACAAAUGUCCUUGAUGUGCGAUCUUAAAUCGCAAAUCGCUCAAAAUAUUUUAAAAAGUAGCAAACAUGAAGAAGAUUUUUCAAAAUGGAUUACGUUUUGAUUUUUUUAACAUUUUGAAACUGCCCUUUUUCUAUCCUUCCUUUUCUGCCUACAUAUUAUUUAGCACUAUUGGAGGAGGGAUAUAACAUAAGGAAAAAGAACCAUCGCCUUUUUUUUUUCAAUGCAACAUACAUUAAACAUUGCUCAGCUUUAUACUAAUUGCUACUUCAUUAAAUUGAUUGUAACAACCACGUUCAUCUCUGAUUUUGGAAGGAAUACUUAUAAUUGCAUCUUCUACCCUUUAAUCUUCUAUUCUUAUUUUCCUGAUCACAACUUAUCUUUUUCCUUUUUCCUUUUUCUACAAGGCCAUCGAGCGAGGAAAUCAACAACCCAUCAAGAAGAGGAGAGUCUAAUAACUUCUUGUAACCAAAUUAUUUUGAUUUGCUUCUUCUUCAAUCAUCGAAUUUGGAUUAUGCAAAAUUUUCUGAUUUUCUGAAAUUUAUUAGUGACAAACAAAAAAAGACUAAAUGUUGAUGUCUAUCAUCGAUGGACAGUGGUUGUGUCUAUCGCUAUCUAUCAAUGAUAGACAACAAUAGAAAACUAUCAUUGUUUAUCCAUGAUAGACAGUGAUAAAAUUUCUUCACUCAAAAUAGAAAUCGGAAGAAGAAGAGUUGGAACGGAAAUCAGUGAUAGUGAGACGAAGGAAGAAAUCGGAAGAAGAAAAGUUGGAACAGAAAUCAGUGAUAGUCAAACGAAGGAGACGAGUCACACAUUUCUUUCAGCUCGGGUGCACGUGUUCGAGGCAAGUUGGGUUGAGUGGAAGAGUUGGAACGGAAGAUUGUCGUCAGUGGGUGUUGGAAGUGUUGGCUUCAAGGGUGUUUUGGACCUUUUGCAUGGCC